AUGGUUCUCGGUCUUCGUUCACGCAAACACCCAGGUGGAACCACCGUCACCACAACCACCACCACAACUCGCCAUCCUCCCAAGCAUAAUGCUCACGUUGCCAAGCCCACUCUUAUGCAACGCCUCAGAGGAUCGCGCAGGACUCAUCCCGUCAGCACCAAGGCUCGUCCCGUGCGAAGAACGAGGGCUCCUCGUGCCACCCGUGCCACACAUACCACGGCAGCACCUCGUCGCAAGACUAGCAUUGGCGACAAAGUGUCAGGAGCCAUGCUCAAGCUUAAGGGUAGCUUGACCCGAAGACCCGGCCAAAAGGCCGCAGGGACAAGACGAAUGCACGGAACCGACGGGAGGAGUACCCAUCGACGAUACUACUAG